AUGCAGAAAGCAAAGGCUGCCGCUGCUAGCUUCCUCUCCAAGGAUGGCAAGCACAAGACCACGAUGGACCAGGACGUCAACGCCGCCGUGACUGAGGAGCACGUCAAGCCUCAUGAGCACGAGAAGAUCACGACAGCCGUUGACCGUGAGGUCCACCAAGACCACCAUCAGACGCGCAUCCAACCGGUCGAUGCCAAGGAGACGCGGCCUGAGACGUCGGAGCACGUCAUGGAGCCCACAGUGCACAAGAGCUUUGAGCACACGAAUGAGGCCGAGGAGCGCCAGAAGCUGGACGCCGAGCGCGCCGCCUUUCAUAACUCAAGCGUCACCCACGACACGACGCACUCAACCGACGUGGCCCCGGCCAUCACAGGUGAGCGCGUCCACCACCACGUCCACGAGCACAUCCAGCCCGUGAUCCACAAGGACACCAUUGCACCCCACGUCGUGCACAAGACCGUCCCCGUCCAUGAGACGCACCACGCCGCCCCCGUCCACCACGAGGUCACCACCCUCCCCGCCAAGACUCUUGAGGAGUUCCAGUCCGCCGGCGGCACCUUGCAGGGCGAGAACAUGCACGUCACCCGGGAGCACGAGGGUUGUCCCGGCCCUUACAACAAGGACUGCGAGCUGCCUAGCACCGCCCUCGGCAGCGGCCACUCGCACCAGCACUCGACCUCGUCCGCAGGUAGCGGUGUCGACGAGUACACGACAAGCCGGGAGUCUGGCCUGCUCGGUACCUCUCCGUCUGGUGCUGCUGGUGCCUCCGCCACGGACCGAACUCCACGCACCGGAGAGAACUUGGGCGGAACCACGUCCGGCACUUCGGGCACUGGCGAGCGCCACAAGCCCUCGCUGAAGGAGAAGUUUGAUCCCCGCGUUGACGCCGACAGUGACGGUAAGAAGGGUGUCUUUAGUUGA